AAUGAACGUCUCUGGGAUUCCAGAGAUUACAGAGGAGCUUUCGCUUCCUCCUGUGCGCAUUCUAGGCAUUUAUCUCCUUGAAAGGUGGCCCUUGCCUGAGGAGCUCCGUGACAUCUAUUACACGUUUCUGUGGGAAGCGCUCGUCGGUAUAUGCGAACGUCAGCCUUCGGUCGAGAAAGUCCAGUUUGUGGAGGACCCUAAAUCUUCGCAAGGAUGGAGAAUAGCAGACGCCAUGAUUUCCUUCCCACAGCUGCCGAUAGAAAACCUGUGGGCGGAAGCGAUGCAGUGAGAGAGGAGUAAAAUCAGUGGUUGGCGUGUUUCACGGUAUGAUCGCAUUCUCACUCUAUACGAAAGGACCCUCUGCUAUUGCGUAGGCUAUGAAUGAUCGGGCAGGUUAAGAAUCCAUGAAGCCUCUCCCAUAUCGGGCGUUUCUUUGGUGGGGAAGCCACCCGGAGAAACAUAUUAAAUAUCUCCUCGAUUUUGGACCAGACCGACGGCUCCCGUAUCUCAUCCUU